AGCUUCCCUCUCUGCCUCCGUUUUCCUGCUUCAUCGCCCUCACUUCCUGCAGCCAGCUUAUUCUCAAAGAUGGGUCGUGUUCGCACCAAGACAGUGAAGAAGUCUUCACGCCAGGUGAUUGAGAAGUAUUACUCCAAAAUGACCUUGGACUUCCACACCAACAAGAAGAUCUUGGAAGAGGUUGCCAUCAUCCCUUCAAAGAGGCUUCGCAACAAGAUUGCUGGGUUCUCCACCCACUUAAUGAAGAGGAUUCAGAAGGGUCCAGUCAGGGGUAUCUCAUUGAAGCUUCAAGAAGAAGAGCGUGAGCGUAGAAUGGACUUUGUCCCAGAUGAGUCAGCUAUUAAAACUGAUGAGAUCAAGGUUGACAAGGAGACCCUUGAAAUGCUUGCUGCCCUUGGCAUGUCUGGUCUUCCUGGCCUCAGUGAAGUUGAACCCCAGGUGGUUCCUCCUCCAGUUUUCAGCCGUGGAGGUGGUCAAGGGAGAAGGUACUGAGGUUAUCAAGACCGUGCAGUCAUCCGAGCUUGAAAAGUUAAGAUGUUACUUGUGUUUUCGGUGGUAGUUACUUUUUGAUUAUUUGUGUUUUGGACGGGUUUUUAUUGUGGAAUUGUUGAAUUUGAACAUGGAGGAUCAGUAAUUCUGAGUUGAAUUUAUGCUAAAUAGCCUAAUGAUUUUCGUUUGUCUAAGAAAUUGAUGAAAUGUGC